AUGUCGGAGAGGGUGUUGGUGGCGUACUGCCGGUCAGGCAAGCUGGGUGCGGCCUACUGCACCCUGCAAACGGGCGAGCUAUUUAUUCUAGAAGAGAUAGUAGACCGUCCACCAGAGUACCUGAUGUUUCUUAGCCUAUACCGGCAAGUGGAACCGGUCUGCAUCUUACUAGAUGGGAAGAACCAGGGUGCCUUCGUGCAGACCGUCAAGAAGACUGUGUUUGACAGCGACGCUAAUGAUGAGGGACGAUGCAAACUCGUUUUCUUAUCUUCUCAGGAGUACAAUUUCGAAGCAUGCAAACGACGUAUCUCCUCGCUGUCCCUGCCUACUGAGCCAGCAAACUGCUCCGACGAUGAACGAUCCCUGUACCUUAGGACCGUUAUAGACUAUUCACAAACACAAAGUGUACACGCAUUAGGCGCACUGCUUAGAUAUUUGGAUUUGAACUGGGCUAAGCUGUGCAUGGAUCUGCAUGGAAAACCACAAUUUCUUAGUAUAAGGAUUAUUUCACUUGCAGACAUAGUAACGAUAGACGAGGACACGUACCGAGGGCUGCAAGUGUUCAGUGCGGUGGCGCACCCGAGCGCCUUCAAGCGAGGAGUGCGCGGCUCCAGCAGGGAGGGACUCAGCCUCUUCCAGCUGUUCAGCCGCUGUGCUUCCAAGUUAGGGCAGCGCCGGAUGAGAGUACUCCUACAACACCCGACAUCCGACUUGGCUACGCUGGAGUUACGACAGGAAUUGAUAGCAUACUUCAUGAAGCCGCAGAGCGACGCGCUCGUCAGGAACAUCUGUUCCUCCUUGCGGUUCAUCAAGAAUGUGCAUGGAAUUUUGAAAAAAAUCAAAGCGUUAUCCGCAAAACCGUAUCAGUGGAAAUCGUUGUACAAUACGUUAUACAACGCGGUCCUGAUCUGUGAGAUGUGUGAGAGUACUGGCAAAGUCAGCAAGUUCUUAGAACAACUGGCAUGCUUUGACAACUCCAAGCUGUAUGAGAUGGCCUUAUACAUGAACAGGAUUAUAGACUUCGAUUUAUCUAAAACCGAAGGAAAGUUUACUGUUAAGCCUGGAGUGGAUCCCGAAUUGGAUAUGAAAAAACAAACAAUGGCGAGUCUCCACGGGUUAAUGUCGGAGACAGCGAAGGUGGAAAUGGAACGUCUGCCUACAUACAUACAGGAGUGUAGCAUGCUGUACAUGCCACACCUUGGGUAUUUACUCGGCGUGAAAGUAUGGGACGACAACUUGACUGCUGAGGAUAAAGAACUGCCUGAUAUGAAGUUCAUGUUUCAAAACAACGACUACAUUCAUUACAAAAGUAAAGGAUGCGAAGAACUGGAUGUGAUGAUAGGCGACACGUACCCUGAGAUAGUGGCGCACGAGACCCGCAUCAUGAUGCGCCUCACUGCAGUCAUGCUGGAGCAUCUCCACACUCUCACUGCACUCGUUGACAAGUGUGCCGAGCUGGACUGGCUUUCGCAAAACUUCUUCAACAGUCUUAUAGCAAUAUCAAAAGUAUGCAAGGAGUUCAACUACGUCCGUCCCACGUUAAGUAAGGAGAAAAUAAUCAGUAUAAAGGCAGGGCGCCACCCGUUGUACAUGCUGACAUGUGACAGCUUUGUACCUAAUGAUGUGGAGUCCAGUCUGCAGGCUGGACGCGUCAAGAUACUCACUGGACCAAACUCUAGCGGGAAAUCCGUUUAUAUGAAGCAAAUUGGUCUGAUAGUAUACCUGGCCCACGUGGGCAGCUUCGUACCAGCGGAGGCGGCCACCAUCGGGGUAUUGCGGCACAUACACACGCGCAUACAGAGCACCGAGUGUGUCGCAGCGCAUAUGUCGGCCUUCCUCAUAGACCUCAGACAGAUGGCUCUAGCGCUUCAGGAGUCCACCUCAAACUCCUUACUGAUAGUGGAUGAGUUCGGUAAGGGUACCUCAACGACGGACGGGCUGGCUCUCCUAGCGGCCUGCCUCAACACACUGCUGUUCCGCGGAGACCAGUGCCCACAUGUACUGCUGGCCACGCACUACCUCCAGAUCAAGGAGUAUAUCGUGGACACGCCCCUUGUUCGCUACCUGGUAAUAUGA